UUUCCAGCGACGCCGUGACGCCAAACUCCCUUUCUCCCGCUUCUCCUUCGAGACCUGAAACACCAACCAUAAUCUCUCAACCUCAAAUCCCAGCGCUUUUUUUUCGUCCCUUUUCCUUCGGUUCCCUUUCCCACUCUGUUCUCAUCGUGCAUCCCGACCAAUGUCCUCCCCAUGUCAAGACCUCCAUCUGCGACAGACAAUACCUGGUCAGGACCCCUGGUGACACCUGAUGCAUCUGCCCAAUAUGAUUGCUCUGAAGCGCCGCCCGACCUCCCGCGCGACCAGCAGCGGCGCCACAACGAUGCUCGGAGCCAGCUCAUACAUCAAGAAGCCCAGCAAGUUCCUUCUCCCUCCCGCGCCGAAUCUCCCACGGCUCAUCAAUGGGCCAAGCCCGCCUCUACCUUUCCUCUAAAACGGCCCACUGCAGCCCCCGUGGAGAGGCUUUCCCGUCCCGAUCGUUCUCAUAGCCCUCAGUUGUCUGAGAGAGAUAGUAUCUUCGCAACUCAUUACCUUCCCUCCGAGACCGACCCUGCAUCCACUCCGCGGCUAUCGCCCUCAGAAGAUACACGUCAUGAACCACCCGCAUGUCUAAGUCCUCUCCUUGAGGAUGUGUCUGCUUCUGCUUCUUCGGAUUCUCCUGACAAGGUCUUUCCCCGCUCUAAUUGCGUCGGCACCUCCCACAUGGAAGUUGACGUCCGCAGGAAGCACCCGCUAGACUCUCCUUCAUUGCUUCCGCCGGCAAUCCCUCAUUCCACUCCUUUGCUACCGGUAGACUCGGACGUGAUUGUGGAUGAGCAAUCGGGGCUAGCACAUCGGAGUGCCGCAAUUCCUGCCUGGGAGAGCUUUCAACCCCUUAGAAAAGUCUCGUCUGAUGUUGCGGCUAACAAGCCGGCUGCUCUAGCGGAUCAUCUAGCCCAUCGCAGCCUUUUAUCAGCCUCCCUGAAUGAUGCGGCAUUGCCGCCUUUGCCACCAUUACACUCCUCACUCUCUUCGCCCGGCAUUCACUCCCCUGCCACCAGUGGCGAUGCGGCUCACCAACCCUGGUCCAAGUCACACAUGCAUGAGGGUGCGCGUGAGAACAGACUGGAACGUAGUUCGAGUCGCAGUCGGCGUGGCAGAGUUGAGCAGUCUAUAGAAGCCAACCUGACCAAUGCGGAACCCGCCUCUCAUGUGCGCAGCCGUAAGUCGAGUCACUACCUGGGCCUGUUCAAGGAAAAUACUACCUCUCCCGAUCGAAAAAGACGAGAGGAGCGCGCAGGCAGACAUGAUGAUUCUGCAGAUCACCCUGAUGCACACCACCUGGUCACUCAAUCAGAGCCUCGCUUCGCUCGGGAGCAUUGUGACUCUCCGUUGGAACUGCCAUCCCCGUUGGAAGAUGGAGAACUCAGGAGUGCCAAGAGUUUAACGCAGCUGUCGCUCUCUGAUGCUCCACUGAUCUUGCCGAGUAUCGAGGGCGAUAAUGGUCAGACGAGGCAUGGGGAUAACGUCAUCAAACCACAGCCUCGAGCCCUCCCUCGAAGUCUUUUGGAGGAAAUCCGCAACUUUCAUCUCACGCCCGGAGGCGCCCGUGGCACGUCUUUUUCGCGGAGUAUCCCCACCCAGUUUGCUGAACGAGGACGGGACUAUUUCUCCAAAGACCAUGCAAGCGGCAUUCUAGGCUCACACCUGUCUACAUCCGACUCAGACCGGGAACAGCCUCGCCCAUUGGACGAGGAAGAAGAGCAAAUAUCGUCUGCCGUCUAUUUCCCCCAUGAGCGCGUCACGAUAGCAGAGGAGGUUGAUUCCAUCUCAUCGUAUCCGGACACUGAUCAUGGCGUGGCGCCGAUCGAUAUCUCGACUGCGCAAAAUGGCCACGUGCGGAUGCCACAGAGACAUGUUUCUGAUGAGCCGGAAGGUAAUCAUGUGGACAUAUCUCUUCGCUCUAAGAAUGAUAGUAGAAUCCUCCACGGCGACCUACAGAGCGUGCCAAAUGCUCCAUUAGAAGAACAUAAUGAAGAGUCUUUUGCUUCCAUUCCCGAGCGCACCACUGAUUAUUAUUCCACCGAAUCCGAGUUCGCUUCCGCUGACGAUAGCGGGAUGUCGGUACGUGACGAGGAGUCAAGCUUGACGGACGAAGCCGAUGUCACACCCACUGCCACCCCAACUCAAGGCCCGCGGUUUCCGCGUGCGCGGCGCAAGCAUGUCAAUGCGGCACCCCUUGGUGCAGUUGAGCUCAAACCUUAUCGUCACCAAGUCGGUGGCCAUACAACCGUCUUUCGAUUUUCUAGACGGGCAGUCUGCAAGCAGCUCAACAACCGGGAAAACGAAUUCUACGAGCGUAUCGAGCGCAGACACCCGGAGAUGCUGAUGUUUCUGCCAAGAUACAUUGGCGUCCUCAACGUCACUUUCUCAAAGACACCCAAACGACCCAAAGACCCAAUUCAGACCAAUGGAGAGCACAGAGAUGCCAACCAUGCUGCAAGCCAUCCUAACCCUGCUGAUAGCAGAGAUACGACAGGGGCAAGCAGCUCAUACCCCUCUAACAACACGGAGCAGCCACGCAUCUUCAGCCAAAAGCAGGUCACCGGCAUUAUUCCGCAGGUGAUACUGGAAAACAAUAGACAUAUCAUCCCAGCAGAUCUGUUCUCAUAUUGUCAGCGUCCAAAGACUGCCGAUGGAUCCAUGACUCAGCGGCGCUUCUCGACCGGGAUCGAAUCUAUGUCAAGCAGACCGAAUGGACAUGAAUGCUCAGCGGAUGGUCAACUAUCUCCCCAGGCGCUGAAGAAAAAGCAAUGGGGCGCCACGACCGUUAACAGACAAUUGCAAGAGCAAGUACUUCGUGAAGUUUUUAGUCCCCCUGCUAUUCACCAUCGACGCCACGCACGCGGCCACCUCAACUUGCCGAGGACAUCAUCGGAUAGCGUUCGCCGUAGAGUUAAUCUCUCGGAAGACCGAACUUUAAGCCGGCGCACUGCUUCUGUCGAAGAUGCCUUGCCGCAAUCUGCUGGAAUCAGUAUUUCAAAGCAGACAAACGAUGGACCCGGGCUGUCUUCAUCGGCCUCCACAGCGUUGGAAGCGGCUCGUAAUCGGCUUGAGAAGGUCCGGACUGAAGAGACGCCUCCACGUGCUAGCUCACUUUCUCGAACUCGGCCCAUGAGACGCCGCCGUUCAGGGAGCGGGUUGCAGAGACGGGGAAGCCUAGGCUCCGGAGAAGGUGGAGGAGAGCUCCUGUUCUAUGAUGACGAUGGCUACGGGGGUGAUAAAGAGGACGGUGUCUUCCCGAUGGAAGGUGAUGUACCUAUUAAAUCGCCAUCGGAACGUCGAAUUGCAGAUGAAUUCGGCCCGCCGCUUCCCAGCGCCAAAGCCGCCGCUACAGCCAAGUCUGCCGAUCUGCCCUCCAACGGACUUUUAGGCUUGGCUUCUAGAAAUGACGAUCAUGUACCGCUUCCCUCCAACCCCAAAGAGGCGCAGACACGCAAAGAUGACAGGGUUCAAUUCUUUCUCUUGCUGGAGGAUUUGACAGCCGGCAUGAACAAGCCUUGCGUACUGGAUUUGAAGAUGGGAACGCGUCAGUAUGGCAUUGAGGCUGAUGAGAAGAAGCGCAAAUCUCAACGACGCAAGUGCCAGUCAACCACUUCCCAGCAGCUAGGUGUGCGCUUAUGUGGCAUGCAAACCUGGAAUGUGAAGAAACAAGAGUACUCAUUUGAGGACAAAUACUUUGGCCGAGAUUUGAAGGCAGGGCGUGAAUUCCAGGAUGCUCUUACACGGUUUCUUUAUGACGGCGCGAGUCAACGAAGUGUGACGAAGAAAAUCCCUGUUAUUUUGGAGAAACUCGCGAAGUUGGAAAAUAUGAUUCGAAGGCUCAAGCGCUAUCGUCUAUACGCUAGCAGCCUUCUGAUUCUCUAUGAUGGUGACCCAAACCCGGCGGCCAAAGCGUCUCCCGCCAACAGUCGAUCAGGAUCUGGCACCAUGCGAGAUCACUUGCAACGUCGGAGCUCUGACGAUGGUUAUCCGGAUGUUCAGCUGAAGAUCGUGGACUUCGCAAACUGCGUGACAGGCGAGGAUGAGAUAUCUCCCGAUGCUCCCUGUCCGCCCCAGCAUCCGGACGAUAUCGACCGUGGCUAUCUGCGCGGACUGCGGACGCUACGGAUGUACUUUCAACGGAUUCUCAAAGAGGUCAGCCACGACGACUACAUUGAACGAGGCGAGGGUGAGGCUAUCGCCCUGGGAUCCCGGCACUCGGAGCAGGACGAGUCAUCAGAGCGUUACUGGGAUGACAGCGUCUUGGACAGUGACCCCGGUGAAGUCAGCUUCUAGGGGUGGCUUUCCGAGCUGUGUCAUGGUGGCCUUGUGCGUAAAGCAUUCUUUCUCGAAUCAUCUGCCCCAGCCUAGCCUCGCACCCUUGCCGCACCUUCUCCAUAAUAUGCUCGACCAAGCGAUGUUUCGGAAACUCUCACCGCAGUCGAGAU